GCUUAAAGCCCUUCAGCUUUGUAUGUUUAACUUAUUUACUUCCAGACUUGUCACUUCGAGGCAAGUCUUUCAAAUUAGGAGGGUAAAUACACCGACCGUUCGCCCAAGAAAGCUCGGAACACUUAGCUGUGGUCAACUUGCUUUUGUACUUAUUCCUUUAACUUCAUUUGGUCUUGGAUUUUGGCAAGUCAAAAGAUGGCUUUGGAAGAAGCAGAUUCGUGAAGCCAUUCAGAAUCACGCUUUUUCUGCGCCCGUCCCUUUUAACUUAAACGAAAAACAAAGUACUUAUACGAAAGUGACUUUUUCUGGUGAACUUGUUGUUAAUAAGGAGUUUCAUAUUUUUUCACGUAGAAAUCCACAAAACGAAUCUGAAGUUGGAAUCCACGUGAUCUCCCCCUUUAUUCUGGACUCCGGAGAAACCAUAUUAGUUAAUCGAGGCUUUUUACCUUAUAACCUUAGAAAUAGCAAAGGAAGAACGGAGGAUACAGUAAAGGAGAGACGGUCUUUUGUUGGCUAUCUUGUUCAAGGCGAAAAACCGGGCUUUUUUACUUAUGCCAAUGCCGCAAACAAAAACGAAUGGCAUUGGAUUGAUUUGGAAGCUUUAUCAAAACUGUCAAACACUUUACCUGUUCUCGUGGAUCUUUCUUCUGAAUGUACGCCCAAAACGUCCACCGGAAACCUUUUAUUUCCCUUAGCGGGAUCCACAAAUCUCAAUCCUCCCAAUAAUCAUUUAAUCUAUAUAUUAACUUGGUUUUCAAUAGGCUCAUUAACUUCAUACAUGUUUAAGAAGUUAAUAUUAUAA